AUGACGGAUCAAUUGGUCGAGCCCGCCUGCGUGGACGAGCAGCUACGUAGACAUUUGCAGGGCCAUGGAAUAUUGGAAACGGGUCAACAGACCUGCUGGACCAUCGAUUAUUCCAAACUCAGCGGCAGAGGUGUAAUAGCCAGCAGAGACGUAGCCAGCGACGAGCUCGUCUACGAAGACGCGCCGGUGGUGCAGGGGCCGCGAUGCAACGACAAGUACCCGCCCAUGUGCGUGGCCUGCCAGAAAACCGGCUGCGCCCUGUUCCCGUGCGAUCGGGGCUGCGGCCUGCCGGUCUGCUCGGACGCCUGCCAGGACGAUCCGCGACAUCGCGACGUCGAGUGCCCGUAUCUGCGCGAGCUCGAGCCCGACUGCGGUAGCGACUGGUCCCUGCCGCUUUUGCAGGCCCUCGUGCCCGUCAAGGCGCUGCUGCUCGAGAGCCAUUUCAAGGAUAUAUUCUAUUGCUUCCAGUCGCACGGCACACCCAAGUACGGACGCGAGGUCGACAUGCUGAAGAAGAGCGUGAAGAAUCCGUUGAAGCCCGAGGACGAGGAGUUCAUGCGACUGGUGUGCCGAGUGAUGGACACGAACUCGUUCGAGACGGCGGCCAUACGCGCCGACGACGCCACGAGUCUGCGGGCGCUCUUCCCGCUGGGCUCGCUGACCAAUCACCAGUGCGUGCCGAACACGCGCCACUUGGUCGACGACCGGGGCCACCUGCUGGUCUACGCCGUCAAGCCCAUCGCCAGGGGCCAGGAGAUCACCAUGAGCUACGCGGAUCUGCUCUGGGACACGACGCUGCGCAGGCAGUUCCUCCUGGCGACCAAGUACUUCUCGUGCCUGUGCUCCAGGUGCUCGGAUGCGACGGAAGCUGGCUCGAUGCUUGGAGCUCUGCACUGCGCUCACGAUUCUUGUCCUGGCAAAUUACUGCCUAACGAACCUCUGGACUUUAAUACAAACUGGGCUUGUACUUCAUGCCAACUAGUCAUUAAAGCUAAACAGAUUGCUUCGAUAAGAGCAGGAAUAUCGGCAGCCGUUGAGGAGUUCAAGUAUAAGAGCCCAAGGCGAAUGCUUCGCUUCAUUAUCAGAGAGCUUAGUAUUCUUGUUCCACCGACCAAUUACGUCAUGAUGUCUAUGAUGUUUAGAAUUAUAUCAAUAUUUGGACGAUCCCCGGGUCUUGAGUGGUCAGAGCUCACCGAUGAAGAACUGGACAUAAAAAUUCAGUAUUGCGAUCGACUUAUUUACUGUUUAGACACACUCAACUGCGGUGAUUGCACGAAAAAAGGAUUGAUUUUGUAUGAGUUGCACUGUGCAAACGUCGAGAAGAUGAAAAGACUUUCAGAAAAUGAAACAGAUCAGUCUGAUAACGUCCAAAAUGAGUCGAUUCUAUCAAAGGCAUUUGAAAUUUUAAAAAAUGAUGCAAUAACACCACUUGACUACAGGGAAGCAUAUAACGUUAAAACAUCUGUUUCGUGUACAAUAUAAAUGAUCAACUUUAA